AUGAGGCAGAAACGUGCCAAGGCGUACAAGCGCGUGAUGGCGCUUUACGUGUCGACCUUCGGAUUCCGUCUGCCGUACCAGGUUCUGCUGUCCGACGGCUUCCUGCUCGAGUCGGCCAAGCAGAAGGACAUUGACACGCUCGCCGUCGUGCGCAAGGUGCUCGGUCUCUCCGGCAAUGACACACGCGACACCAAGUUCAUGAUCACACAAUGCUGCAUGGAGGCGCUCUACAAGCUCGGCAAGGAGUACCAGCACGUCGUGGCGUCGAAAGUGCAACCACCGCGAGGCGAUCGACCCGACGCAGUGCAUCAAGGAGGUUGUGAGACGAACAAGCACCGCUACGUGCUCUGCACUGCGUCGCAGAAGUUCCUCGGCAGCAUGUCGCGCGUCCCCGGCCUCCCGAUCGUGCACUACAACAGCACGGGUGUGCUCGUGCUCUCCCCGCCAUCUCAGGCGACGGUCCGCGCCAAGCUCGCACAGGAGGAGGAGAAGCGCAAGGCGGGCGCGGAGCUGCUCGACGGCGUCGUGGACGGCGAUAACGUGAAGGGUGCCCCUGCUGCGUCCACCACUGCCGAAGCCGCCGCGACACGGUCACGGAAGCAGGGCCCGAAGGCACCGAAUCCGCUAAGCAUGAAGAAGAAGAAGAGAAAGGUCGAGGUUGAGGAGCAGGCCGAGGGCGAGAAGGAGGGCGAUCAGGGUGAGAACGGAGGAGAAGACGACGGAGGACGGCGGAAGAAGAAGAGGAAACGCGGACGCGGAAAGGGCGCUGUCGCUGAGGCCAUCAGCGAGAUUAGGGCGGAGGGAGAGGAGAAGCGGCUCAAGGCGCUUGAGGAGAGGGCUGCCCGUGAUGCGCCGGCGGGCGGUGACAGCGACGACGACUCGGACUAG